GGAGCUACAACCGGGCUGAUUUGCGUAAACUACGUAAUUUCUGAUGCUGUUAGUAAACUUAGCGACCACCUUCGUGGCCACAUCCUUAAAAAAAAACAACAAGUGUAUUUCAAAUUUAAAGGAUAUAUACACGGUGACGUGAUUUGAAGAUAAGAAUUAUAACGUAAUAUGAGUAAAAAGGUAAGAAAUAUGUAUAUCAAACAUGUCAAUUAAUGUUGUUUUACAGUCAGACUGGUACCUCCAUGUCUUUGUUUACGUUCUGUUUACAACACGAGGGUGUAUGAAUGGGAACUGCGCAGCUUAAAAUUUUAUUAUUUUAUUUAAAUAUCGACUACUUUCUAUCGUAUCAUACGUUAUUAAACGUGUCUAACAAAGAUGAUAUUGAUCAUUGUUUAAUUCGGAGGGUUUCUUGGCGUUUCUAGCCAUAAAAUGUGUGAAAUGAAAAAGUAGGUCGCAUGACCUCGUGAGGUGUGGAUCUCUGUGUCAUUGGACGAAUCGAAUUUUCCCACAACCUACAACUGGCUUUGUUUACGUUUUUGUUUCAAUGAAUGUUGAUUUUAUAACUGUUUCAAUGCCAAUUAUUAUAUAUACGUGUCAUUAUAAAAAUACUCCGAUUUUUACAUUGAUAUCUAAUGAUGUAAUUGUAUCUUUUAUUGUAUAUUUUUGCUGUCUUAUGAAAUCGCAAUCGUUGUCAAGAAUGCCACGCGGCCCUGGCCUGGCUAGGCUAGAGGAUCCGUUAUCUCGACCUCGCCUAAGGCUAAACGUUGUUUUGAAGACAGGCGCUUACUUUAAACCGUGUUAAUAUGAACGUCGAAAACAUAUAUUCUUGUUAUGUUAAACUUUUACCUUAUACUAUACAUUAACUAUUAUAUUUAAAGUAUAAAAUUAACCCAGUUAAUUAAUAUAUUAAUUAAUCUUAUUAUUAUUAUUUUUAAACAAAUUAAAAGCUGCCUUUUUUAAAAUUUAAAAAGAUCAGUUCAGCCAUGCAAUUCUUGCCAGCUUCUUAUAUUUUGUACGUUAUUGUUUAAGCAUUAUUUACUAGUAUCAAGUUGUGUAGGUCUAUCGCCAUUUUUGUUGUUGAGUAUUUUAAUAUGAAGAAGUUAGGGAGAUGAAGUUAUUUUGCUGUUGACAUAAUUGUUAUAAUCAGAAUUGUCAUAGUCAUACUGAUACUGCUAGUGAUACUGGCAUAUUUUGGGGCCUAUUAAUACGAUUAUGCUAUAACUAUAAUUAUCAUAAUAAUUAUUAAUAAAAAUCAUAUUUAAAUCCACAAUCUAACAAUAAAUAUGACAUGAAAUUUAAUUAUAUAGCUUUUCAAAUUAUUAUUUUUAAAAGCAAAGAUUAAAAUUAUUUUUGCCAGUCAUUGACUCUUGAGUUAAUAGGUCAUGAAGUUAGGCCUUUAAUUUAAGAAUUAUGAAAAAUUAAUUCAAAAAUUUCAAUAAACAAGUUAAUAAUUGCAAGGUGUGAUACAGCUUGAAAUAGUUAAGCCGGUACAUUUGGACACACAGAACUAAACUGCAUUUAAAAAAUAAGGGUAAUUAAAUAAUAAUCGUAUGUGGAUCAAAUAAUAAUCGUAUGUGGCCCCAGGCUUGUCUUGUGAAAGAUCUUUAAAUUAAUUAAACCUUUGAUAGUCUAGUUGUUGACUGAAGUUGUAUUUGAAUGCUCUGCAAUAACAGCAAAAUCGCAUCUUUAAAGAAAAAAAAUGGCAUAAAUAAACUAUACAUAUUUAUUACAUUUAUAAGUACAGUCUCUGGCUUCAAGUUACCAGUUUGUUUUGUAUGAUCAUGAAUUUUGUUUUGUGCUAUUUUGAGCCUUUCGGGAGUUCCUCGGUAUCCUGUAUUAUGAUAUUGUUUUGACACAUUUCCUUCGUCUCACCCCUGACGACCAACAUUUCUUUGUUCUCCUAGUGCUCGGCGUCGUUGGAUUCAAAUAAUUUGCUUGCUCAUGUCUUUGUUUAGUACAUCUAAAAAUAGUGGAGAGCACGAUCGUAGUACAGGCUGUUGCUGACUUCACACAAAUUUUAAUAAAGAAUCAAAGUCACGCGACUCGCUGCGCGGUGCGCGUUUCGUCAGUACUAAUGGGCGGGGCUUUGUAGAUCACGAAGUUGUUUAGACAUGCGCGUUUAGACGUUUUUGCAUACGUAGUAAUCCACCAUAGUCGUUAAGGGGAUAAAAACGAAAAAAAUAUUAGAAUCAACGUUGAAUGAAAGGCCUAUUUGAUCUUUUAUGAAAUUUCAUAGGGCUGAAAUGUUAUUUAUUAAAAUGAAUUCAUAAGAAUACCAAACAUUAAGGAACCGUGCACAUAUUAUGUAAAGCAUAGGCAUUAUGAUGGCAUAGGGUAUAUAUAGGCACUAUAUAGGUCAUAAUAGGUGGUAAAAAAAGGGUGGGGUGGGGUGGACCGGGUGGUGGUUCAUCAUUUUGAUACAUUUUACGUUUUAAUUAAAUGGGAUGGUAGAGAGUACAGUUAAAUAACAAUUCUUUUUAUUUAUUUAAUGUAUUCUUAAUUAUGAAAACUCUAUGCUUUUAAAAUUUACGAAACUAGCUUAGAUUAAUGCUCGGCAUAUAUUAUAUAUGUAAAUAUAUAUAUAUAUAUAUAUAUAUAUAUAUAUAUAUAUGUAAAUAUAUAUAUAUAUAUAUGCUUAUUUGCUUGUUUUUGAACUUGUUCGGUUUUAUGUGUGUGUGGGUGGGGGGUUGCUAUUAAUAUGGGGGUCAAUGGAAAUGUUUAAUGUCUUAUUUAUAUUUAUAUGGGUAGAGGUAGGUAAAAAUGUCAUAUUUUGUGUUAUAUAUUAUAAUAUGUGCACGGCCCCUAACUUUAGUGAUUAUCGUGUCUUAAGAUAUAGUCUAUUAUAAAAUAUUAAUUAAAACAAAUAAUUAAAUAAUAUUAAUAGUAAUAUUUCGUCAAGGUUUGGUUGCCGCUUGUCUAAUUAUCAAAACAACCAGAGGCACGAACUUAAAUUCUACCCCUAAAUUUAAAUCCAAAAGAAGUCGAAAAUCCAAUUUAAUGGAGCAAUCGACAGUUUUGAUGUACGCCUUCUUUUGUUACCAGAUUGGUUGGUGGAAAUGCUUUUAAAUCAUGAUUCAGCAGUUUUUAAUAAUUUUUCUAUUUCCUGUUUAUAAAUAAGGGAAGCAAACUAACCUGAACCCGAUGAACCGUUUUGUAAUUCGACUUUUCCAGUUUACUUCUGUGGUUUAUUAUAUAAAUAUAUUUUUUAAAAGUAUAUACUCCACUGUAGGAAAGCCACAAAUUAUAAUAUCAACUGCUUAAGGCUAUUCAGUAUGUUCUUAGUAAAAUAACACGGUUAUCUUAAGUGAAAUUUUCAAAGAAAAACAAUCAUUUACAAUCUCAAUAUCAUAAUGAAAGGUGAAAACUUUGAGGUAAGAUCUUAAAGUUAGAAAGUAAAGUUAUUAUGCGGUUUAUUAAUAAUUAAACUUUUAAUGUGUAUGAGUGACAAGGGUUUUUAAUUUGGACUUGGUGGAUUUUGAUGAUCUUAUUGAAUGAAAAUGUUACCCGGUAUUGAUUGAUAGGUCAAUGGGUGUGAUACCUAACACUUUUAACACUAACAUAUUUAUUAACCUAACAUUUUUAAAAAUGACAUAACUUUCAGCUUUUUUUAAAAGUAGAUUGACACAUGCAAUUUGUGUAAAUAAAACAAUAUUUUGAAGCUGUUACAAUUACUGAUUAAAAUUUGAAUUUACCUUACAUGUAAUGUGAUAAAACGUAAGGCCUAAUCAAUAAUAAUAACACUAAUUACUAAUACCAUAUUAAUAUUCAUAGUAGUUUAUAAAUUAAUUACAAUGAAAACCUUUGAGCAUGCCCAAUUUAUAUGCAGUAGAAAAACGUUUUAAAACAUUUGAUGAUACAUCUCACACACUUCAUCACAGAUACAUAAGAUCAGUUUCAUCAGGGAGAAUUCUUUCACUUAAAAAUAGGACUGUAAAAUAUAUUUAAAAAAAAAUUUUCCCAGCAUGCUUCCCCAGUAGUUACCAAAUCUAAAUGAUCACUGAUUAAGACAUUAUUGUCACGAUAUGAGUUCAUGGUUGCUGAUUUCUGUGCUAGAGAAAUACUUUGAUAUCUUGUGUUUAAAUUUUUAUAAUUGUAAAUUGUUGUCUUGGUCAAAGUAUAUUUAAUCAUGUGCAAAAAAUGAGUGUGUACAAUGUAUUCAUAAAAUAUUUCCAAUCAUUUGGAUCAAUGCAGAAAAUAUUGAAUUCUCAGAAACCUACUCACUUCUUUCGUAAUCAAACAAAAUUAUAAACAUCAUUAGAUGGCUGCCCCACUCUGCUGAUACAGCAGUUAAUAAUUAAGUGGCUGUAAUACUACACAUAUCUCUUUAAAUUUGAUCUUACCAUAUUAACAUAUAGCAUUCUUGCAACAAACAUUACAUCAAGGUUUUGCUUCAGAAAAUGAUGAAUUGCCACAUCAAUGACUUUUUAAUAUCUCAGAUUUUCAUCCAGUCCACCAUCCACAGACUUGAUAGGAGUAGGUUUGACUAUCUUAUUGCUAUCACCCUUUGUGAUAAUGUAGAAUUCUUUCAACUGAAGCAGCUUUUCAUAGUCUAGUCCAUGAGCAUAAGCUGAUGAUGAGGAAUACUUGCCUGACCUGAUGGCAAUGUAUGUUGAACGUUGGACCUGAAUAAGUUUUAGCUUCAGUUUUGGCUAGACCAUCCUUUAAAAUUUCAAUGCCAGCAAAAACUGAUAGAAUGAGUUUAUGCCUUGCCGCCACAACCCAGUCAUGGUCUGGGAAAUUAACACAGUAUUCAACAUGCAUUAAAAGUGGAGCCUGAUUGUUAGCCGCUGUCAGUCCAAUAGGAACUUUGGCUUUAUCAUCUUGGCUGAUAGAGCACAUUUCUCUUGGUUCCAACAUGGAGGCAAUUUCAUCGAGAUGAUUUAGAGUAGCCUUACAAAAUUGACCAUCAAUGUGUUUGGAGUGUGAAUCAUGUUGUACUCUAUUUAAUUUUACGGGUACAGUUCUGACAUGUGGUUUACCCUCAAACGUUGAACUUUGUUUUGGUAUUAAUCUAGUAUAAACAGCACAUCUACUUCUACUUAUAUGAAAACCUUUGUUGUUCAGGUGUUCUGUCACUUCACCAAGAGUUUUGACACUGCGAUAAACAUUACUCAAUCAUCAUUAUCAUCAUGGAAGGCAAUGUCAACAAUUAUCUUGAGAGGAAGUGGCUGAUUAGUGGUUGGGCAGCUUUUUGUCAGAUCUUUCAUUCAUCGAUUAUGUCAGGAUUCUCAUGUCAGGAUUCUCUGCACACAUUUUAGUAAAAAUGUCCUCUUUUUUUUCCUGCUUUUCUUGCUCAUAUUUUUUUCUUUUCUAGCUGAUCAACUUUUAGUUUCUUUUCUCUAAUUUCCUUUUCCUGGUCUAAAGUUAUAACACCGCUGCCCUUUCGUUUGUACAAGUCAAUCAAGUCACCCUUGAAGAUUUGACCCUGCAGCUAGUCUUGGGCUCUUGUUUUGUACUUAACAGAUUCUACUUCACCACUACUACUACAACAUGUACUGGAUGUACCAGCUUCCAAAAAGUCAACAUUUUUCUGGUCUUUCUCUUUAAGUGUUGAUAUUUUAUAUGUUCUUCUUCAACUGUUAAACUUGUAGCCGAUUGACUAGAAGCAGUGUCAUAUUUCAAAGCAUGACCUGUUGAGCAGUUUUCCUUUAUAUUUCUGUGCUAUUGCAGCAUAUUUAGCUAAUAAGGCAUCUACUUUUGCUAACGUCACAUUGGGAAAUGGCGUUGGUGGGUCGUCGAGCGUGAGCUCUUAAAACCCCCCCGACACACCUCCACACAGGCCAGAUUUUGGGUUUCCCCGUCGAGAGACCGUGCGGCGUCAUGCCUGGAACCUCCCCCCCCAGCCUGGGGGACGUUCGGUCGACAGAAAACGCUGCAUUUAAAGUGUUUGCCUUGGGUCUGGGUGGAUUUUCUUCCACUCCGGAGGGAAGGUGUUGCGUUACCACCCCCCACCUCCCAAGGAGUCUUUAGGUUGGGACAAAAGCUGGGACUUAAGCUAAAAAAUUAUUUUAUUUUUUUAAGUCAUUCCAAAUCUUAUUGACUUCUUUUUGACUCUGUUGCUUACGCCUUGUUGGAAAAGCCUUUACAUAGGCCUCAAAGAACCACUGAUGGAUAGGUUUUUCCAUUUCCUUGUGUAUUUAAAAACUGAAACAGCAUUAUGUCCCUGAAUAACUCUUAAAAAUCACUAUAUCGAUAACUAAUUGUUUUGUUUUGUAAAAUGUGCGGCAUGAAUCAGAUUAGUGGCCAGAUUUUAUUUCUUUUUCCCCAAUCUCAGACCUAAAGCAAGUCAUAAGGUAGCUUCCUUUUUGAUUGCAUGAUGUUAUUAUUGUUACUCACUUUACUUUCCACUAAUUCUCAAAAUAUGUUCCUGCUCUAUCAAUAUCAUUUAUCUUGACUGCACAUGACACUUGAACCUUGUCCUUGUUCCAUACCUGCUACAUGAUCGCAAACAUACUGCCUUACUGUGACAAACAGAAUCUACAGGUGAAGAGAGGCCAACUUUUGACUUCUCUUGCAAAAAACAAAGUGUGCUAACAUUCUGACCAGCCAUUUGGGCACAGACAGACACACAUUAAAUAAAUCUUUUUUAUUUAAAGCCUAAACAUUAUAUGCCUAUUUAUACUCAUUAAAAAUUUUUUAAAAGUAAAAACCAGUAAAUUUUGAAGAUUAAAAUUUUAAUUGAAAAAAAACAUGAUUGUUGACGACAAUUAAUCUUCCCCCUUGUCAACAAUUGUCAAACAUUUCCACCCCCAACUUCCCUGACAUAAUUAAUGGACGCCCCCAUCCCUCAUAUUAAGUUUAGGAAGUCUUAACAGCUCAUGAAAAAGGUGUAAUGCUUUUCCGUAAACAGGGACAUGGGCUAGGAACUAGGGAUGUCAGCGAAGCAAAAACACUGGUCUCUGCUCAUUGUUCUCUCUCAUUUUGACUAUUGUAACUCUCUUCUAUCAGGUUACCAAAACAUUUUAUAUAAAAACUGCAGAAAGCUCAUUACUCAGCUGCUAGAUUAGUUCUAAAGGCAAAAAACGUGAUCACGUCACUCCACUACCUCCACUCAUAUCAUUGGCUCCCUAUUCAGGCACGCAUUGAUUACUAGCUGUCUGUUCUCUGUCACAACUAUUUCUCUGGUUCCUGCCCUCCUAUCUUACUGAACUUCUUACUGUUUAUUCACCCCUUCGAAACCUUUGUUCCACCGCAGACACACGUAUUCUAUUUGUUCCAAGAACACGCACUAAAACAUAUGGUGAACGAUCUUUCUCUUUCUGCGUCCCCAAACAAUGGAAUUCUCUCCCACUACACAUCCGAAAUAUACCGACCAUACAGGCCUUCAAAACUGCACUCAAAUCCAUCUCUUUAAACACUACUAUCCUGACUGAUUCCCCCCUAAUUGCCGAUAAACGAUGCUGUUGGUUGCUGUCCAUUGCUUGACAUGUUAAAGUUCUGGGGUGGGUUGUGUGAAUAUUCAUUUGUUUUUGUUUUGUUGUUAUAUAGCUGUUUUUUAAUUAAAUAAAUUUAGGUUAUUUUUUAAUGUCAUGAUUAUAUUUGCUAAUAUUUUUAUGCACAGCACGGUGAGCCCAGCCCUAGGCCACUAAUAAUAAUAAUAAUAGGUAAUCAAAGGCUAAGCAUUUGAAAUUAAGUCGGAGUUUUGAUUUUCUGUUGCACAUAAGUACAAUAGCUUGAUUACAUCAAAUUGGUUUUUAAAAAAAUAAUUUUAUUUUCCAGAUUUUUCUUUCACAAGUGAAGUCGGAGGAGCUGACGGCUGCUGCAGCAAGAGCAGCUAGUGCAAGUCCUCCUCUGACCCCUAAUCAUUCUUCCAUUAGUGAUGAUGAACUUGUUUCUCUUUCUGUUAAAGAGCUGAAUCGAUUGCUUAAAGGACUAUCCCGAGAUGAGGUGAGCAAACUCAAGCAACGAAGACGCACUCUUAAAAACAGAGGCUAUGCUGCUAAUUGUAGAGAAAAGCGUAUUUCUCAGAAAGAAGAACUGGAAACUGAAAAAGAUAAACUACGUGCUGAAGUAGACAGACUCCAGCGUGAAAAUAAUGUUGUUAAGAUGGAGCUGAACGCCUUGAGAAACAAGUGUGAAGCCUUGGAACACUUUGCUCAUCGAAAUGACAUUCGUGUGUUAACACAUCCCCAUGUUGUCUCACCCAUUCAUGGUUCCAUUGUUGUCAAGGCAGAGCCCAUGUUACCAAGUUCAACAGUUUCAUAGCAUGUAGGCUUUUUUUCUGCAGUCCACCCAUCUUAACUCUUCCUGUCUAUCCUCAGUUUUAACAAAUGAACGUUUCAAAAAAACAAUCAAGUGUAAAAAAAAAGACUAUUCUGAAUCACAAAGACAUGCAUCUCCGCAUACAUGAGGCCUUCAAGUGUAACUCAUCAUAGUCGCUGAUAUCAGUUACCUAUAAACAGGGACUUCCAAACUGUUUAUUUUUAGUAAAAUUUUGCUGCCAAUAACAACAGUUGUAUAUUAUUUCACAAGUGCUAUAAAUGGUGGGUAUUACUUAUCAAUGAAAAUUUUGAAAUACCUUCCUUACUGUAUGACAUUGACAACGACAUUUCACAUGUCCACCUUUCCUUACACAUUUUUAUCAACUCAACAAAGCCAAAUGUUAAUUUUGUGCUGUCAUUGUUUUCCUUAGCUUUUUUUGAAUAGAACUUUUGCUAUAAUGUUAAUGCCAGGGAUGGUAUGAUAGAGUUUUUUUUUUUUUAAUUUAGAAUUAGAACUUUACAUUUUUAAUUGCAUUUGGCUAAAGGAAGAACCUGAUAUAAUUUUUUUGUGUGAUCACAAAACUACAUUCUUAAUACAUUUAUAGUCCAUUAAAUUUGUUAUCAGUGUAAAUACAAAUAACAUUUUGUAAAUAUACAUGGUACAAGGAGACCUGAUGUUUUUACAGAAUAAUAAUUUAUAGCUCCAAUAAUUAUGAUUCUGUAUCCACUUAUCAUCAUAUUGUUCGCAUUAGACCAAAAUGUCCCAGAUAAAAUUAAAAAAAGGUUUUGUAAUAUUUAAACACCGGUAAAUUCAUUUUGAGAUUCAAAUAGAAUUUGAUUUUAAAAUAACUAAAUAGUUUUGAAAGAAGGAAGAGGUCGUCUUUAGAAACUAUAUUUAUUUUCAUACAUAGAUUUUUCCAUUAAAGAAUAAUUCCACAUUUUUAGAUGAAAAUUUGUAUGCAUGUAUAUACAUACCCUUUACAGAAAUAAACCAUUAAACAUUUGUAAUUGAGAAAACUUACAGUUAGUAAAUGAUGCAAUAUGGUAAACAUUCACUAAUAUCUACAGCAUUAAGCUGGUAAAACUUAUUUUUAAACAUUAAAAUUCAAGAAAUGUUACUUUUAAGUAAAACUGUACAUGACUUGCUUAUUACAUAUUAUAUCCCGGUAUGAAUUUGUGUUUGAUAAUUUCAGUUCUGUUAGAAAAAGGAAAUGUGAAAUAUAAUUUUAAAAAAGAGCCCCAUGAUUAUGUUUGAACAACAGCCUUACAUUCUUUUAGCUGUGAGGUUAGUAGUUUUAAAAAAACAAACAUUUUUUUAAAUUGACAUGAACUGGGGCAUGAUUGUUAUUGUUAUAGUUAAUUGCUUUUAGAACAUUUAACAAAUUGAUAUAGAUAAGUUAAACAUCUACUUUCAUUCCUUAAAAAAUUUCUGUCAAAUCUCUAUUAUCCCAAAAGAUAUUUAUGUUAAAAACAAAUUUUUUGUAAAUUCUCAUUUAAAUUAUCAGAAAUAACUGAAUUCGGAAAGGUAUUAGAACUCAGAAUGAAACUAUGCUAAUAUGUAGAUUAGUGUUUUAAAAUUCUAUUAAGUGAAAAAUUAUUUGCACUCCUUUGUUUCACUUUCAGUUGAAACAAUGUUGAUUUACUGUAAUACUUUAAUCAUUUUGAAAGAUUUGUCAAUAAUUCAUAUCUAAUGGAAUUUUAAUAAAAGAAACACCAUAAAAUGAAUCCACAUUGGCCCAAACGUCACCAAAAUUAUGUCUUGAACUGAAAGAUUUCAAUGAUUUAAGAAAAAUUUAGUGUGAAAUCUAAAUGUUGUUUUUGUACCGGUAUGUUGUUUUACAAAUGACUCCUUGUUAAAGGACUUAAUUUUAUAUUCAAACAGCCCUUGGUAGUUAAUGGCAGAAUUCGGAUGUUACAGUGUUUGAAAAGUUUAGAUUGUGUGAUACAGGGUAAGGAAAGAGUAAUCGUGUCAUUAAGAUAAUUAAAAAAAAAAAAUAAGACUUUCUUUGAAUAUUAAUGUUAAGAUCAUUUAAAAACAAACCAAGGCUGGCUUGACUGGCUUUGAUCGCAUCCUGAAAAAUCUCCAUAUUGAUUUGACUUGGUUUUUUGUGUGUUUGAUUUCUUAUGACAAGGAACUGGAUUGUGCAAUAUCCUUAAGAUUGGAAAGAAUAGAUGUUUGAUGUUUUAUCAUGUCAUUGUGUAUUUAUCUCCAUGUUUUUCAUUGACUCCUGCUUUCUUUUAACAUACCAGUGUUUAAAAUAAUGUCUAAAUGGUUUAAUAAUGCCUUGCAACCAAUGCUCUUGCUGAACUGAUUACACCUGAACUCCAUAAUUAUCACUUUCUUUGUAUAAUCAAUUUUCAGUAGUUAAGGGGAAUAAUAGAUUUUUCUUUAUCAUUUUUCAAAUUUGGAUCGAAAGAAAAAUGUUUUGCUGUCAACAAGCAAACCCAUGCUCUUUCAAUGUGGUUUAUUAUCAUUCUACAUUGUUAGAAUUUCUAUGCAUAAUCUUAAGUUCAACACUAUCUUAAAAUUGUGCUUUUGCAUUUCCGAAUUCAGUGAAAUGAGUUUUACAGCAGUGCCACUCUUUAAUUCUUGUGAAUCAAAAAAUAAAUCCUUCAAGUAAAAACUUAAAUUCAUGGCUGAGUGUUUAAAAAAACACAUUUACCAAUGAAUUAAAUGAUAAAAGACCUUUAACUUGAUUGAAAUGCUUUAUCACAGGAGAAAAGAAAAGGAUAAAAAUAAAAAGUCAUUUAGUGAGUUGUCUUAUUUACAAUUAUUGAAAGGUAGUGAGUUAAUUUUUGUUUUUGUUUAGGGAAUAAAAGCCAAAGAUAUGACAUGACAGUUAACCCGAUGGAUGUUAUUGCCUGGACUGAGUGGCACUGUUAGUAUAAAACCAGUUUAAAAGGCAUAAAACAACUAAGCUAUUACUGCAUAGAAAGUAAUAGACAUUAUAAAUGUAAAAAUCCAUUAUAAAGUGAGUGCAUUAUUUUAUGUCUGACAUAAAAACAAGUUUUCACCAUGCUCUUCAUAAUAAAAAAAUUGUACUCAGCUUUUUCAACACUAAUCACUGAAGAUUGAAUUCAAAACUGGUAUUUUUAUAAUUUUAUACUCGUGUCAUCUAGUAAUAUUUCUCAAGUGAAACUGUUUCUCUAAAAGUAUUACUUAACAAACAUUCUAUGACAAACUACAUAUAUAUCUAUAUAUGUCAAUGUGUAUCUCGGUGAUCAACAUAGUCUGUAAUUGAAGUUGUCUAGUCCUUUUUUUUUAAAUUAAAAAAAUCAUUUGCAAUGAUAGUUAAUCAUAUUUGUUAUGUUAGCGCACUGAGCAUGGCCAGCUAUUUAAGUUUUCAUCCAUUUGUGGUCUGAUUAAUUUAAUGACACAUUUAAUAUUUAAAAUUUAAACCUUUAAGAAUUUGGAACAGUGUGGGCAAAGAACCUAAUUCUUGAAAAUAUUUCUUUUAAAGAAUAAAGUUUUUAAAAUUCUUCAUACGCAUAAAUAGGAUUUAUAUUUUCACCACCAAUUUCUAACAUCAUAAAAUAUUUAACCAUUAAAUAAAACAAAUAAAAAUAAACAUUUGUUCAUUAAAAAAAAAUUGUAUGACAGCUCAUCUUAGAUAAAUUUCAUGCAUAUUUAUGUUACCUCUUUAGAAUAAGACAAAACAAAUAUGUUUUUAUUUGGCCAAAACUGCCACACCACUUCUUUCAUCCUCAGUGAUUUAAUCAAAUGAACUAUUUUCAU